AUGCAACCAAACUUGAAGAAAAUUGCAUUGCCUCUCAAUUCACUACCUAGAGCCAUCAGUGAUAAAAUUGUCAACCUCACCAACCUUGCCAUCCUUGACCUCUACUUUAAUCAUUUUGGUGGCAAGCUUCCUCUCAAUUUGGGGAAGCUCUCCAAGUUGAAGUUUGUGACCUUUGAUUUCAACAAUUUAGAAGGUGAUUUGCCCCCAUCUUUGAUGAAUUGCACAAACCUUGUAGAACUGCGUCUGGGAAACAACAACUUGAGAGGUGAUAUCUCCAUGCUUGAUUUUUCAGGACUAAGUCAACUUACUAUAGUUGACCUAAGAAUCAAUAACUUCACUGGUACGGUUCCAGUAAGCCUUUACUCUUGUAGGUCCUUAAAAGCCAUUCGGUUGACUUGGAAUCAUCUAAAGGGACAAAUACAAGCUGAGAUUCUUUCAUUGAAAUCCUUGUCCUUCCUCUCACUUGGUUACAACCGAUCCACCAACCUUAUAGGGGCAAUGAAGAUAUUGAUGAGUUGCGGAAGCCUUCACGCACUCUUGCUUAGUGGUUCCUUUUAG